ACUUAUUUGCUAUUGGCCAGGUGAAACAAAAGGACUAUCUGCAACGGCCAAUAGCAAAUGAGUAAGCACACAACUGUGAAGGAAAACUUCGUCGCCUGAACUAAGUUGUUUUCGAGACGAAGAAAAGUGAGGGGAUGUUUUUCAGAAGUCUGCUAGUGCGCUCGUCUAUCAUGAAGAUUGGGACGAAACAACUCCGAAAUUUCAAGGUGUUAUUCCUUCUGGCCGUUGCUUUCACAAUGAUGGAAGCAAAGCAGAAAUCAUACAAGGGGUAUUCGAUUAUUCGUGCUCUGCCUCGCAACGAUCAGGACAUCAAGUAUUUGGCAGAUUUCCGAUCAACAACGACAGAAUACGUAUUUCUUCAAGAUGGCAUAAGUCGAGAAUCCGUCGACAUCUUGUCUCCGCCAAUUUACAAUAUUUUCCUCAAGGCGAAGCUUUCAUGGGCUGGAAUACCUCAUAAAGUUCUCAUGUCCAAUGUACAAAAAAUCAUUGACAAGGCCCCCACGACAGAACCAGGAGGAACCAUGGGAUGGACUUCUUAUCAUCGUUUGCAAGACAUAUUUGACUGGAUGGAUGAGCUCGCUGCAGCGAAUACAUUCGUUAAAAUCGAAAUCAUCGGGCAAAGUCACGAGGGCAGAGAUCUAAAAGUUCUAAAAAUCAACACUGCUAACUCACCAGUUAAAUUCUGGAUUGAUGGAGGAAUUCAUGCUAGAGAAUGGAUAACCCCAGCGACAGUCACUUACAUCAUCAACGAAAUGGUGAAUAACUACGAGGCAAACAAAGACAUCGUGGACGCUUACCAAUGGCAUUUCCUUCCGGUGCACAAUCCAGAUGGAUACGAAUACUCGCACACCAAUGACAGACUUUGGAGGAAGACGCGUCAGAACCACAACUCCCCUUCUGGAUGCAUUGGUGCUGAUCCGAAUCGAAACUGGGACUUCCACUGGAUGGAACCUGGUGCAAGCGGCAAUAAAUGCAGUGAAAUUUACGCCGGACCUUCGCCUUUUUCCGAACCAUGCGCGAGACUUGUUGCGGACUACAUUUUACGCCUGAACCAAGACAAAAGCUUGUUGGCAUUCGUCACGAUUCAUAGCUACUCGCAACUGUGGAUGACGCCUUUCGGAUACAACGAAACGUAUCCUGAAAAUUACGCAGAUAUGGAGAGAGUUGGAAGAAAAGGAAUGGAUGCUCUUACAGCAUCAUAUGGAACAGUUUACCAGUUCGGCAUCACAUCAACUACAAUUUAUAUCACAUCCGGUUCAUCUUCGGACUGGGCUUAUGGAGUCGCUAAAGUUCCCUACGUUUAUGCUUUGGAACUCCGAGAUACUGGAGAAUUAGGAUUCUUGCUUCCUGAAGAUCAGAUCAUUCCCACAGCAAAAGAAACUUGGUUCGGCAUCAAGGCCGCUGCAAAGGAAAUUCUGGCUUGAAAAAUAAUGAGCAAUAAUCUCAAUUCGUUUGAAUAAAAGCUGAUAAGAAUCCGUGGUAUGACA